AUGCUGAGUGCAGCAGAAGGCAUCCUCCUUUUUGUUGCCACUACUGAGGCUGUGCUGGGAGUCUUAGGGAACGCAUUCAUCGCACUUGUAAACUGUGCAGACUGGAUCAAAAACAAGAAGCUCUCUAAGAUUGGCUUCAUUCUCAUGGGCUUGGCGAUUUCCAGGAUCUUUACCAUAUGGAUAAUAACAUUCGAUGCAUAUGCAAAGGUUUUCUGUCAGGAUAUGCUUAUAUCUAUUGAUCUAAGUGAAGGCAUCAGUUACAUAUGGGUGAUUAUUAACCACCUGAAUGUCUGGUUUGCCACCAGCCUCAGUGUCUUCUAUUUCCUGAAGAUAGCAAAUUUUUCUCACUACAUUUUUCUCUGGUUGAAGAGGAGAGCUGAUAACGUUUUUGUCUUUCUAUUAGGGUGCUUGAUUAUAACAUGGCUAGCUUCUUUCCCACAAACUACAAAGGUGGUUAAAGAUGUUAAAAUGCAUCAUUUUAACAACACACCCUGGCUGCUCCACCUGGAGAAAAGUGACUUACUUAUAAACUAUGUUUUAUCCAAUAUGGGAGUCAUUUGCCUCUUUGUGGUGGCACUAACUGCAUGUUUCCUGCUAAUCGUGUCCCUUUGGAGACACAACAAGCAUAUGCAAUCACAUGUCUCAGGAUUCAGAGACCUCAACACAGAAGCUCAUGUGAAAGCUAUGAAAGUUUUGAUUUCAUUUGUCAUCCUCUUUAUCUUACAUUUUGCAGGUAUUUUCUUAGAAACAUUAUACUUGUUUCUCAAAGACAAGAAACUUGUAUUUAUUCUUGGUUUUACAGUGUCAUCCAUGUAUCCCUGCUGUCAUUCAUUUAUCCUAAUUCUAACAAGCAGUCAGAUGAAGCAAACCUCAAUGAGGGUACUGAAAGGGUUAAAGUGCUAA